CUGGUACACGCACAACGGUCCCGGCCCAUUGCCCGUGCUUAGCGGACCACGCGUGCGUCUACUCGGUCCAAUACUCGCCAUCGAGGCGGUAACUAGCGAAGAUUCAGGUGUCUACAAAUGUACUGCCAGCAAUGUGGGCGGUGAAGCGAGCGCCGAAUUGCGCCUCACAGUGGCCACACCCAUACAAGUGGAGAUCUCACCGAACAUACUGAGCGUACAUAUGGGCGGUAAUGCCGAAUUUCGUUGCAUUGUCACGAGUAAUGGCAGUCCGGUGGGCAUGCAAAAUAUACUGUGGUACAAGGAUGGACGACAACUGCCAUCAUCGGGUCGCAUAGAAGACACUUUGAUGGUGACGCGUGUGAGUCGGGAAAAUCGUGGCAUGUAUCAAUGUGUGGUGCGGCGGCCGGAGGGCGACACCUUUCAGGCGACGGCGGAGCUGCAGUUAGGAGAUGCACCGCCAGUACUGCUGUACAGCUUCAUCGAACAAACACUGCAGCCGGGACCGGCUGUGAGCUUGAAAUGCUCAGCAGCCGGAAAUCCAACACCGCAAAUUUCAUGGACAUUGGACGGAUUUCCACUGCCAUCAAACGGAAGGUAA